AUGCCGCUGGAUACAAUAUAUUUGACUCGCCAUGGGCAUCGUCUCAACUGGACGAUUGACCUGAACACUGGCACCUACAAGUCGCAAUUCCCAACCCCAACGGGCAAUCCCGCAGAUCCAGCGCUCACCUCCCAUGGGGUGCGCCAGUCGCAUGAACUUGCUGCUCAUAUUGGUAGCCCGGACUUUCACCCAAAGCCCUUUCGAGUUUACUCGAGCCCGUUCUAUCGCUGUCUGCAAACUAUUCAGCCUUCGGUGGAGGAACUCAAAAAACAACAUGAAAGAACGGCGUCCACGUCGAAUACUGCCAUCCCACGAGAUCAUAAGGGCCGAAUAGAACAAGCAGCAGACCUCGAUGUUAGAAUUGAGAAUGGACUAGGAGAAUGGUUUGGUCCAACAACCUUCUUUGACCACCCCUCUCACCCCACCCCAAGCACCAUGCAAGCUCAUUUCCCCACACUAAUCCCCUUGGCCCCGGAAACAAAGUACAUUCCGCUCCUGCACCCCUCCACGCGAGGCGAGACCAUCGCACAAUUGCACAACCGUGUGGCUACUGCACUAGAAGGUAUCAUCGCCGACGUGGACGCUGAGGUCACUGCCCUUGAGGCCGAUAUCCCCGCUAUGCAGCGCACCAGCAAAUCGAUCUUAAUUUGCGCGCACGCUGCACCUCUGAUUGCUAUGGGCCGUGCUUUGACAGGCCGUAUGCCCGUUGAUAGCUCUGAGGAGGACUUUAACGUGUUCACGGCCGGCCUUAGUACGUUCAAGCGGAGAGUUAUUGUGAGUGGAAGGGAUCAAAAUGGCCCUAAAGAGCUGCUGGCUGAGGGGACCCAGUUCGUGCGUGCCGAGGGUGUUCCUGCCUGGGAGGGACGAGGAGUCGGGGGUGGAUGGGAGUGUGUUGCGAAUGGGGAUUGUACCUUUUUGAGUGGUGGAGCAGAGCGUGGAUGGCAUUUCAACGGCGAGGAGUCGUUCGAUACUGGCCCGAUGGCGGCUUCUUUGGUACCCUCGUCGACGGAGCCGAGUAGACCUGUGACGAAAUUGUGA